UGCUUCCCCAGUGCCUGUCCUUCCCCAGGGAGGGAACUUAGGAGACCAAGCAGUGGCAACUGGGCUUCAGAUGCUCAGGCCCCAGGAAUCUUCAGCGUACGAGUUCCUGUGUGUGGACUAUACUCAGAAAAAGUGGAGUGUUCCAGCAGUCAUUCAGAGAGCCCUGUACCAGAACGUCAUGCCAGAAAAUUACUGCAGCAUGGCCUCCCUGGCAGGUGGGAACAGGAUGGAGAGUUCAGAGUUGCCUACAAAGCAGGAAAUUUCUAAAAGAUUGGAGUCAUCUGAUAGGAUGUCGGGAGGACUUUAUGGAGUGGUUCCUGGUGGACCAGAAGCUGGAGAUGUCUGUGAAGAUGCUUUAGAGAAGCUAGAAGGGCAACACUCAGAUGAGGAAGGGAGCCGACUGGAAAGUGAUUUCUUGGAAAUAACACAUAAGAAUAAAAAUACAUCUACAAAAGAUGGGUGUAAUAAAUAUAAGGAACUUGGAGAACGUCUGAAUGUGUCUUCCUGUCCUGAGGAACAUCAAGGAGUUCUGAAGGGACAGAAAUUCUAUCAAUGUGAUGAAUGUGGCAAAACUUUUAAUUGGAGUUCACACCUCAUUGGGCAUCAGAGAAUCCACACUGGGGAGAAACCCUAUGAGUGUAAUGAGUGUGGUAAGACUUUCAGGCAGACCUCUCAGCUCAUAGUUCAUCUCAGAACCCACACAGGGGAAAAGCCCUAUGAAUGCAACGAGUGUGGAAAGACCUAUCGACACAGCUCGCAUCUCAUUCAACACCAGAGACUCCAUAAUGGGGAGAAACCUUAUAAAUGUAAUGAAUGUGGAAAAGCUUUCAAUGAGAGUUCCAAACUGUUUGAUCACCAAAGAACUCAUACUGGGGAGAAACCUUAUGAAUGCAGUGAGUGUGGAGCAGCCUUUAGUCGGAGUAAAAAUCUUGUCCGACACCAGGUACUUCACACUGGUAAGAAACCCUACAAGUGUAAUGAGUGUGGGAAAGCUUUCUGUUCUAAUAGAAAUCUUAUUGACCAUCAGAGAAUCCACACUGGGGAGAAGCCUUAUGAGUGUAAUGAAUGUGGCAAGGCCUUCAGUCGGAGUAAAUGUCUUAUUCGACAUCAGAGCCUCCACACUGGGGAAAAACCAUACAAAUGUAGCGAGUGUGGGAAAGCUUUCAGUCAGAUCUCUCAACUUGUUGACCAUGAGCGAAUUCAUACUGGAGAAAAACCUUUUGAAUGUAAUGAGUGUGGUAAAGCAUUCAGUCUGAGUAAGUGUCUUAUUCGACAUCAGAGACUUCACACAGGUGAAAAGCCCUUUAAAUGCAAUGAAUGUGGAAAAUCCUUCAAUCAAAAUUCAUACCUCAUUAUACACCAGAGAAUUCACACUGGUGAGAAACCUUAUGAAUGUAAUGAAUGUGGGAAGGUCUUCAGUCAUAAUUCUAGUCUUAUGGUACAUCAGAGAACCCAUACUGGGGAGAAACCUUAUAAGUGCAAUGAGUGUGGGAAAGCCUUCAGUGACAGCUCACAGCUUACUGUGCACCAGAGAGUUCACACUGGGGAGAAACCCUAUGAAUGUAUUGAGUGUGGGAAAGCUUUCAGUCAGCGUUCCACUUUCAAUCACCACCAGCGAACUCACACUGGAGAGAAGCACUCAGCUGUGGCUCAGUCAGUUUCUUAAGGUAUAAAUCUCCAAGACAAAGAGCCAAGAACUUUGAAUUAAGCUUUCUUUAUAAGAAGGAU